AUGGACAAAUGCAAAGUGAGACUGUUUUUUUGUUCUUUGUUGAUCUGUCUGUUUGUUUUUAUCACAUUUUACAAGAGGUAUCAAUAUGAAUUUUGUAGAAGUUAUGAAGAACAAAAGGUAUCAUUAUAUUCCGAGGAAUCAUUUUAUUUCUCUUUUUAUGAUGAUAUAGUUAAAUCUAAAAAUUACUUGGAUGGCAUUAAUCUGAUCAUAAAUGACGAUAGAAGCGAGUAUCCUAAUCGAAUAAAUGCACUACAGCGUUUUAAUAUUUAUCCAGAAAUAAUACUUGGAACAAUAUGGCGCCUUAUAAAAUUAGAAACAUUUUUUGCAACCCCAUACAACUUUUAUGCUUAUGCAGCCCUUCUUUCUCAAGCGGCUAGUGUCAGUACACUAUUUUUUUUUUCUGUAUAUAUAGGAAACUCAUAUUCUUCUGGAAUCAUAUUUAUAAUGCUUUUUUUUUCAUGUUUUCGUGAAAAGUUUAUAAUGAGAUUAGCUGGAUUUCCUUUAAGAGAAAAUUUUGCUUCUGUUUACAUGUGGGGAAUUAUUUUACAUAUAUACAUUAUUCUUAGGGAAAAGAAGAUAUCAGCUUUAAACUACGCACAUUUACUUUUGUGUGUUUUUUUUUUUUUAAUAACAUGGCAAUUUUCUGUUUUCAUUUUGCUAACUAAUAUUGUUAGUCUAUUUAUAGUUUAUUUAUUGGGAUAUGAUCUAGAAAAAGAAUUAAAAAAAAUAUUAAUUGUUUUUGGUUUAUCUUAUAUAUUAUCUGUAAUAGUUACAUUUUUUCCAAGAUAUAUGAUAUAUACAUAUUUCCCAUAUGUCCUUAUUUCAAUUUUAGUAACAAUAAUAUAUAGUGAUGUUAUAAGCCCAGAAAAUAACACAACAAUUAAAGAUGAUAAAUUAAAAAAAAUUAAAAGUGAAGAAAAUAGGAAAAAAGAUAAAUCUUUAAUUCAUAUGUUGAUGAAUAUUUUUAAAAAUAGUUCAAACUCAAAUGUGAGUAGAAAAGAUGAUAAUAUAAUUAACAAAACAGUAGAAGGAUUUGAUGAAAUGAAAAAUAAUUUUCUUAAAAAAGACAAGAUAAAAAUAGAUGAAAAUAUUAUAGAAAAUUUUAAUAUAUUAAAAAAAAUAAAAUUUAUACUAAAAAGAGGAUUUAUAUCAUUAUUUAUAUUUAUAUUUUUGCGAAUGCUUAUAAUAAAUAAAGCAAAAGAUGAUUCACAUGUUCUUUCAUUAUUAAAAGUCAGACUAAAUAUAGGGAAUCAUAAUUUUGACACAAUGAUAUAUAGUGCAGGGGGUGAGUUUAAACCGUUUUCAAAAAAUAUGUUAAACAUGAUAAAAGAAACAGCUUUGUUCGAUUAUUUUAUUAUAUUUGGAAUUAUAUACAUUUUUUAUAUAACCAUAUAUUUAAAAUCUAUAUACAGAAAAAAAGAUAUAAUAAAAUAUAAUGAAUUUAUUACUUCAAAUUUUGUUUUUUUAUUAACACAAACUAUAUUUUUUAUAUUCCUUAUGUUAAUAAUAACAAGGCUUCGGGUCUUAUCUUUGCCUCUUUUGUGUGUCAUUUCAUCUUUGGUUGGAUCUACUACUUUUUUAAAUAAUAUUAUUUUUAUUAUCAUUGGCCCUUCUUUUCCUUUGUUCAGAAAACUGAAAAAAUCGACAAAAAUUAUAAUACAUAUAAUUUGCAUCUAUGAAUGGAUAUACCCAUUUAUAAAAUACUUUCCGAAAUAUGAAUACAUAAAUAUUAUACGGAACGAGCCCCCGAAUCUGCAAAAUAAUUUAGAUUUAAUUAAUUGGAUGAAAAUAAAUAUAAAAGAUGGGGAACCAAUAUUGGCCGAUAUACCUACAUCUAGUUUUUUAAGAUCAACAACUAAUUUUAAAAUGAUUUUACAUCCACAAUAUGAAGAUGUAGGGUUACGAAAACGGGUUCAAGAUUAUUAUAUGCUAGCCAGUUGCAUACCUUUUGCUGAUGCAAAAAAAUAUUAUUAUGAAAAAUAUAAAAUUCGUUAUAUUGUUAGUAAUAUUUAUAGAUGUGCAUCUAUAAAUGAGGGAAUAAGUGCAUUUACUUUAGCGGAUCAAAUAGAUUCUAAUUAUUCUAGAUGCACAAAUAAACAAAAUUUCAGAUUCUGCCAAAAAGUAAUAUAUGAUGAUACCAAUUAUAAAACUUUAUAUAGAAAUGGAAAAUAUAGUGUUAUAAAAUUUACUUCAGAAGUUGUUGAAGAUCAUGAACCCUAUCAUCAAUUUGAUGAAUCAAAAUAUGCUGACAUUUCAUAUUUUAUGCCAUGGAUAUCUAGAUGCAUAAAAACAGAUAAUAAAUGUGCAAUCCAUAUAGCUGAAGUUGCAAGAGCUAAUUUAGAUAUAUUACAAAAUUAUAAAAUAGCAUCUAUUUUAUAUAAAUAUAUAGAAAUCAAAAUUUUAGGCCAUCCUAAUACAAAUGAUAUUAAUGAUAAAAAACUGGGAAAUGAAAUAAAAUGGGAUAAAGACAUUCUCACAAUAUUUCAUUUAGCUGAGUUUUAUGACUAUGAUAUGAAAAAUACAAAGAAAGCAAAUAUAUUAUAUAAAAAAGCAACUGAUUUAAUAAUGGCAAAUGAUAUACAAUAUAAUAUUUCACCAAAUUUAAAUAAUUCAUAUAAUAAAACUGUAUUCCUAACAACCGAUUAUAUAAUAGAUGUGGUUCCUUUGGUUUCUUUAAAUAAACAAAUACACAUACUUUCUUCAUAUAUAUAUUUUUUGUUAGAUACAAAAUUAUUUAAAAAUAAAAAUGAAUUAUUUAUUCUUUAUAAUAAAAUCGAUAAACUUAUAAAAGUUGUUACAUUUUCAUUAAAUAAUGGAUACUAUUAUGAAAAUAUAAAAUCAAAUAAAUCAGAUAAAACGGAACAAAUAAUUAAAAUAAUAUUUUAUAAAAAAAAUUUAGGACAUGUUUUAAAUGAGUUAUGUGAGCAUGCAGUUCAUAUACAUAGUAUUAAACAUCAAUACACAGAAUAUGAAUAUAUUUAUAAAAAUAUAUGGAACUUAGUUAAAAAGGUUUCAUAUAUGGAUGAAUGUGUUUUGAAAAAUUUUCAUAUAUUUGAAAAAAGAGAAUUAAAUCGAAUUGAUUAUCUCAAAUUUUUUUACAUUUAUUAA